AUAAAUUUAUUUUUAUUUAAUCAUUAAUUUAGCUAUGAAUGGCUAAAAUGAAAUCAAAUAAAUUUCUAAACCCAAUACAAACGACGUGUCGUUUAGGGAACGAAUAUCUUUACCCAAUUUAAACGACAUGUCGUUCGGAUAAUUGCCCAAUCAAAACGGCGUGUCGUUUACAUGAUGAAUUUCGCUACCCUAUCCAAACGACGUGUCGUUUACAUAAUGAAUUUCAAUACCCAAAACAAACGACGCGUCGUUUAAACAAUGGAUUUGUCUACCCAAUCAGAACGACGUGUCGUUUGUACAAAACUAAGAUAUAGCCGCCAACGCCACCAACAGUCGUUGUAUCAGUUUCUUCUUCUUCUUCUUCUUCUUCUUCUUCAAAAAUGGCAGCCAUGAUCUCACGCAGAGUAAUGAUCAAGCUCCUAAAGCCUUCCCCAACUCCAAACCCACCUUCCUUCUUCCCAUACCAAACCCACAAACGCCCACUUUUCGAUCCCCGCAAUUACGCCAAACUUUCUUCAAUCGAUUCACUCUUCUACAUACAAACCCACUCAUUCUCUUCCCAAACCCACGAAACCCUCCAUCAAUGGCAACUCAUUCGAAAACCCAUUACUCUAAUCACAAACCCAACAAGAAGAUUCACCUCAAAUUCAACCGAAUCAGAAAAACCCAAUAACAACAACAAAGACCCAAAUCCAUACCCAAGUCAAAACCCCCAAUUCAAGCACCAAGAGAUCGAAGGCCCGACAGUGGAAAGAGACCUCUCUCCAUUAGCGAAGGAGAGUCGAGAUGUGUUGGAGAGGCUUAUGAAGACAAUGUACGGAUUGAGCGGAGCAGUGGCUCUUCUGGGUCUUGUUCAACUUGGGGUUGGAGCUUGGAUUUCGUACAUUACGAGGUCUUCUCCGAUCACUGAGGUUUCGAUUCAGAGCUUUAUGGCUUUUGGGUUUCCUUUUACUGUGGCUUUUUUGUUGAGACAAGCUGUGAAACCCAUUUACUUCUUUAAGAAAAUGGAGGAGCAAGGAAGGUUGCAGAUCAUGACUUUGAGUCUUCAAGUGGCUAAGAAUUUGAAUAUUCUGUUUCUUCGUCUUCGUGGGGUUUCUUUCAUGUGUGUUGCUGGUUUGUCUUUUGGUGUUAUGUUCACUCUCUUUAUCUCAUCAUCAAAGUGAUAACUUUUGUUUUUGGGUUUUUGAAUUGGAUUUUUAUUGGAUAGAAUCUCAACAAGGUGUAAUAUUAUGUUUUAUGUAUUGUGAUUUAAACUCAUAUUCAUCUAUUUUAUUGAAAGACAUAGAAAUAUCUUUGGCUUA